CACACACACACACAUCCUGCAAUAUGCAAGUCUGGACCUGGGUAUCCCCUGGUGAAUGCACAGCAUUCGGCGUGAGCAUCUGCCAACCAUCGCCAGUUUCUAUCUCCAUUUUACUUCAUCAUCUGGUCGCAACUUCAUCACAUUAGGAAGAGGCGGUGGCAGCAGUGCUUCACAAGUGAAUCAGAGUUCGUGUGACUCCAUGAGGUGUUGCGUGACAAGGUGACAAGGAGGCGCAUUUUGGGACAACCGCGGUCGGAAUACAUCGUGGAAUGUUUCUACAUCGCCUGGUGUAAACAGAACAAUCAAUGGACUAUUGAUUGAAACCACAAAAAUUAUCCAUUUUUCUAGACGCCACUGUUUUUGUUGUACCAUUCCAAGCUAUUUGUCCACGCGUUUGGGCCCACUAGUUUGUUUACCACCAUGGGAGUAGAUCGAUAGGCAUUCAUCUUGAAGGAUGGAAUCUGCUGCGUCGCUCUCCACGGCCCAUCUUCACCUCAACACAAACAGCUAUGAUGACAGCGACAGUUGCAACAGCUGCGGCGGCCAACCGGAUGAUCCCCAUGCCCUGACAGUCAAUCACACGUUCCCAGUCCAUGGCGGACUGCACAGCGCCUUGCUGGGUGUCUCUCUGGGCUUCCUCUCCCUCCUCACUAUUAUCAUGAACCUGCUCGUUCUUUACGCCGUGAAAACAGAGAAGAGCUUGCACACGGUCGGUAAUCUCUACGUCGUCAGUCUCUCAGUGGCCGAUUUGAUCGUCGGUGCCUCUGUGAUGCCGCUCAGUCUGGUGUAUCUGCUACAGGACGAAUGGAAGUUGGGCAGGGCGGUUUGCCAGUUUUGGUUAAUUAUGGAUUACGUGGCAAGUACAGCAUCCAUUUUUAGUCUGUUUAUCCUCUGUCUGGAUCGGUAUCGCUCUGUUCGACAGCCGCUGAAGUACUUGAAGUAUCGAACAAGAGGUAAAGCAAGCGUAAUGAUAACCGGAGCCUGGCUGCUGUCGCUGUUGUGGAUUUUCCCUAUUUUAGGAUGGAGAUCCUUCAGCCAUGUAGAACUUAAACCGGAAGAGGAGAACAAGUGCGACACAGAUUUUCGCUUUGUCACAUGGUUUAAAGUUCUUACCGCUGUCUUCAAUUUUUAUGUACCCUCUAUUUUGAUGCUUUGGUUUUAUACACACAUCUACUUGGCAGUGAGGCAACAUCUGCGAGACAGAGAGAGGAUCAUUCAUCCAACAGAUUCAUUUGGGGAAAAGGACAAUGAGCAAAAUGCAGAGUCCUCAAACGACUCCAAAUCAGUCCAAAAGGAAUGCGAGGCUCCGGUGAAACUUAUAAAAAGGCAGCUUGACCAGAAACUUCUAGAUGAAACUUAUUCUCUUGAGGAAUUUGAUAAAAAUAAAAGUUCCCUUUCUCGAUCACACCGAAAGAUUGGUGCGGAGUGUCCUAACCCAGGUUUGCUUGCCGUGACAACAAAGGAAGGCAGAGUGACUUCAAAACCAGGAAGGGACUCCUUAGCUCCUGAGGAGAAAAGGCUGGAUGCUGCAGUUUCACUCGGUUCAGCUUGCUUGCCACCAGAAAAUGUCACUUUAGAACGGAAUCGGGAAUCAUCUUUAAACGAAUGUCACGUCACAGUGCCAAACUCGGUAAAUGGUGUUUGUGAUAUCAGCCAGGUGCAGAGGUACACGUCGGUGCUUUGCAACAAGAACAACUCCGGACGUUCUCUACCCUGGUCCAAAGCGGCCGAUGACACAGAGUUGGAGCCGGACAAUGAGGUGACUCUGCGGCAGACAUGGCGAAGGUUCCUCGAACAUUCCCGUGAGAGACUUCACAGCCUGAGGAUCCACAAGGAGCACAAGGCAGCCAGGCAAUUGGGCUUCAUCAUUGCAGCUUUCUUGCUGUGUUGGAUCCCGUACUUUAUAGCCUUCAUGGUCAUGGCGUUCUGUCGAGACUGCGUGCACCAUGACCUGCACAUGUUCACCAUAUGGCUUGGUUACAUGAACUCCACCCUCAACCCUUUUAUCUACCCACUGUGCAAUAGGAAUUUUAAAAGAGUCUUCAAAAAUAUUCUCCACAAAAAUUUGUGAAAGUGUUGCAGUGAUUCCAACACCCAGCCAGUGACUCAUUCACUGCGAUGGAGCUGCGCUUAGGUGGUCAAUGGGAGUCCAGAAAUGCAACUCACACUUGACAAGUGAACUCCCUGCAACAGUCAGAUCUGAAUGAGGCCAUUUAAAUGCAGAAAUUAGUUCAAGUGUACAGGUAUUCACGAAUUUGAUUUUUAAUUGUUUUCAUAUUUCGUCCACAUGAAACUGGCAUUUUGGAAGCCAGAAUACAGUCCUUUUUUUUAAAGCCAGGUCUGAGAGCGAAUACAGUAAAUUAGUUUCAUGACUAUGGAGUAAAUGUCUGCGAUUGGCUGGCAACCAGUUCAAGGUGUGCCCCGCCUACCGCCAGUCGACGCUGGGAUAGGCUGCAGCACACCCGCAACCCUCGUGAGGGUAAGUGGUUCAGUAACUGGACGGAUGGAUCUGGUAAGGAAAUAUGCGGUCCAAUAUGGCACUGACUUUUCCUGGGUACCACUUUCUUCCGCUCUGCUGAGGAGUUGAGGAAAAGAAAACACAGUCUGAAAUUGAAUGUC